AGGAUAUUGAGUUGAAAAAGAAUGGCUGAAAUGCAUCAAUAUCCCACUGUUUACCAGAAGCUAGCUUACCAGCUCCAUUUUAGCUCAAAUACUUAUCAAGAUUGUCAAGCCCUUUGUGAUGGCAUGCAAAGCCCUCUUCUCAACCAGAGGCGUUUAGCCUAUGGAAACCACAGCACUAAUGGAUUUCAGUACUCAAUGACUCCGCCAUGCAAAACAACCCAAGAUCUGUCAUUAAUCACUUCAAAUGCUUCUCCAGUGUUUGUUCAGGCUCCUGCUGAAAAGGGAUUCGCUAGCUUUGCUAUUGAUUUCCUCAUGGGUGGAGUUUCAGCUGCUGUGUCAAAGACCGCUGCCGCACCAAUCGAGCGAGUGAAGCUUUUGAUUCAAAACCAGGACGAGAUGAUUAAGUCUGGAAGACUCUCUGAACCUUACAAGGGGAUUGGUGAAUGUUUCAGUCGAACUAUUAAGGAUGAAGGGUUUGCCUCACUGUGGAGAGGGAACACUGCUAAUGUCAUCCGUUACUUCCCCACUCAGG